AUGAGCCAAUCCACAAAUGCACCACCUCUAAAACCACUUUUCCCACUACGAAAACAACAACGAUUCACCAAUGGUGGAACCCGUUUGUCGCUAGGGACAGCUUCGAGAUCAUCAACUACUAAUUCAACAGCAGGCAUGACGCCUCCAAUUGCCAAUUCGUACGGAAGAAGACUAAGUACAGGAGCGAAUGGAAAUGUCCCACAAGCAAAUCCACGUCAAAGCUUUCAAACAAGUGUUCAAUCCAGCACGUUGCAUGACAAUACCCCAUCCACAGGAAACAAACGUAGAUCUGUGUUGUACUCGGUUCCUGCAUCAACAAACAAGAAAAGAGCAAGUUUGGGGAUACCAUCGCUGCAGGUGUCACAACUGACUAACGCUCCAAGGACAAGUUUUCAGGCUCUGCAGGAACUUCAGCAGAGGCAAUCACAACUGCAACUGCAACAACCGUAUCCCAAUCGACAAAUACACUCGUCACAACCAACACCACUGUCAUCACAGCUGUUACCGUUUCAAUCGCAUAUACCCCAGCCUCAGUUUGGAGCGCUACAUCUGCUUUCCACUGAUAGAGCAUUGAAUCGAGCAAGACAAGAAGAAAUGACUCAAAGGAUCUACGCGUUUCUUGCUAAAAACCACUUUGAAGUGAAAACAUCCAUAUCUUUGAAUGAAAACACCUUAAAGAUUCCAACGCAACGUAAUUUUUACGAAAUAUUCAAGUUCAUGUACCAAUUCAUAAACCCAUUCUAUUCAUUUCACAAAUCUGCAGAACAGGAGAUAAUACCGAUACUAAAAGGAUUACAGUACCCAGCAUUGGGCACGAUAUCACGCUUACAGUUUAAUGCUGUUGGUGGUCAAAAUUGGCCCAAUUUCUUGGCGAUUUUGGAGUGGAUUCUUAUACUUGUCGAGUCCAAUGCCGAUGAUGUUAAUGUUGAUGUUGAUACUGAUGACCUCAGUCCCAACGACGAUUUUGAUCGUAUUUUCAUGAAAUUCAACUAUAACUGCUACCUCAAGUUCCUUAAUGCCGAUGAAGACUACGAAGCUUUGCACCAACAAAUGUUGGCAGAGUUUGACGAAGAAAUGAAGAAUUACCGAAGUCAGGAAGACAAUCUCAUUACUCAAAAGAACAAAUUGGAAGAAAAUAUCAAACGCUUAUUGAACGAGUUGAGACUCAGAGAUGAUGCCGAUAGAAAGACAAUAGCCUUGGAAGAGGAUUUUACCAAGCUUCGACAAUACAUUGAAGAAGUUCAAAAGAGAAUUCCCGAGUGGGCAGCAAAAUUACAUCAAUUGCUGGAUGAAGUCCAUGCGGCAAGUGAAAACUUGACGCUGUUGCAGGAAGAAAGAGAGAUGUUGAAGCGAGAGUUCCAGGUGAAGGGAAUAUCAAUCGAGGCAAUUCUCGAUUUAGAAGUCAAACGUGACAAAUUGUUGAAAAAAGUUGAACAAGAGACAAUCAAUCUAGAGGAAAAGAAAGACCAUUUGCAAGAAAGAAUAGCUGAUGUUGAAAAUGCAACUUUUGUGAUGGAAAAAUUGGUACUGAGUUACAACAUUUCUGUGGAAAGAUUCAACUAUCAUAAUCUGGGUGAUUACAACUUUGGAUUACAACUUAAGGACUUGAGUGAUUUUUCGAUUGCAUAUGAAAGAGACGAGCUAUUCAAGGACAAGACACUAGGAGAAGAGUCACAUCAACUCAACCUGUUACUUAGCAGUAAUUUGAGCAAGUUGGCGCGAAACCAAGAGGAAAUCGCUGAUCUCAAAAGUCAAUUCAGUUCAAUGGAGGAUAAGAUCAAAAAUCAACACGAAGUCUUGGACGAGCUUCAAAAAGCAGAGUACGACCAAAAAUCCAAGAAUGAUGGAAUAUCUCAGGAAAUUUACAACCUUCAAGCCCAGAUGUCGCAAGAUAUAGAAAGCCGUGAAAAGAGAAUAAGAGAUACCAAUUCAUCAAUAACAAGGGACAUUCUUCAUUAUGAACGUGCUAUUCAAAACACUCAUCUCCAGAAAAAGAUUGCUAUUCAGCACGUACAGCAAAAGCAACUUGAACUUGAUGAGCAAAUUUCCAAGGUCCAUGCCAACGCUACAAAGUUCAAGACGUCAUUGGUUGAACGAUUGAUAUCUGCGUUUGAUGAUUUGAGUUUGAGUUCCAAUAGUUGA